UCCAGCCUCUAGCAAACAGAUCAGUGUCCCAUUCCCAUCCUCCAGUAGCGCGACAUAACGUUUGUGGUGAAGCGUAUCAUUUUUAUUAUUUUUCACACUUCAAUUUUCUACUAAGGAAAAGGUUAAAACCGAUCUGAACCGACUGUGAACCAUCAGGAAUCUCGAUUUUUCAAGUGUCCUGCAUAUUAUCAAAGUGUUGCAGAAUAUUAGCAAUAUUGGCAGCAGCUGUCGUAAAAUAUUAUUGUUAUCAAAAACCGCUCCCAAAUUGUAUACUGCAGAAGAAAUAGUGGCUGCUGCGGAACUUUUAUUUUUUGCAUUGAAGAAUUCGUUUAUGAUGGAAGUGGUAAUUUGAUGUUUCACUAUGAAAAUGCAAUGCUCGGGGAUAGAAGCAAAAUGAGUAGUAAGUGGCAGAGUUUGCAGAGUAGUAUGGCGUUAAAUGUUGAUUAGUGUUGCUUUAGCUUAAACGGAUGUCGCCGUAAAAGCGUAAACAAAGAAACCCGAACUUCCCCAGUAGUCCGUAUUUAAUAAACCCCUCCGAAAAGGUCACAAGCCCAACCCACGUCCCGCCUGGUUAUGUUUUCAUAUUAGAAUUGUGAUAAUUUCAACGACCACGAGCAAGAUAAAGAAAAAAUCAUCUCAAAUUUUGAGUUGUAAGGAAAAAAAGUGGCAGUAAUUCAGUGUAAACACUUCCAGACAGCAGCGAAACGUGUGCCAAGCAAAGAGAGCACUGGCUGUGAAUUUUGUGCUGCUGUUCUAUUUUUUUCGCCUCGUUGGCAUUCCCAAAUCUGUACGCGCGUUGUAUCGCCACUGCGAUCCUGAGCAGCAAAAGAAAGCUGAAACGAGGUGUCUCCUUUCUCCCGCUGUCACGUCUCCAUCCAUCAUCAAAACCCACCUUCAUCGUCUGCGAACCCAGCAAACAACAGUAACAGAACGGCAAUCUCUCCCCGCGAAUCUCUCUGUAUCUCUCUCUUAUAAGCGAUAGAGCAAUAGAAAGCAAGGACCAAUUCUGCAUACCCCGCAUUCAAGCUUAUUUGUAUUAGAUAACCUAAUAUAACGUCAAAAGCACAAACUAUGGCUGGGCCAGAAAUCACUUUUAUCUUCCAAUUCGGUAACCUGCGGGACAUCGUAACCGUGUCCAGUCAGGCACUGACGCUGAAAAAGCUCAAGGAUCUAGCCUGUGAUUUUAUCAAUACUAAGAUUCCGGAAAAUGGCUUGAAUCGUCUGUCCGAUCGUCUACUUCUUUUCCGCCAUGACUACAGCUCAUCCAACGUACUCCAGAUGAUUAAUUCCGCAUCAGAAAUUGUCGACGAGACUUUAGUGGAAGUCGUACUUACUGCCAAUCGUAAGUGUAUUAUUACUAACAUAACCAGAUGCGUCAAUAACGUUAUUUUCUUUCUUUCCAAAUCAGCCAUCAGUGCUCCCGGAUCGGACGAUAUUCCGCUAGUGAGACCACACGCUCUAGCGGUGCACUCAUACAAGGCGCCAACUUUCUGCGACUUUUGCGGUGAGAUGCUGUUCGGAUUAGUUCGCCAGGGGCUCAAGUGCGAAGGGUGUGGCCAAAACUAUCACAAGCGGUGUGUCAUCAAAGUGCCAAACAACUGCAGCCGGGUGGAGCAUACCGGUGCACUGCUGAAUGCCGGCAGCAACCGGCGCACCUCGCUGCAACCACCGCGAAGCCCAUCGGCCGGCUCGAGCAGUUCGCUCAUAUCUGACGACCAGACGACCAGCGGAUCCGGCUCACUGCUGCUCAACGCAUCUGGUGGUGCUGGCACCGCUAACAUCCGGCAGAACAGAUCGCCGUCACUUGGAAGCCGCGGUGGAACCGUUGGCAGCAUUAAAAUACCUCAUAGUUUUUCCAUACAUACCUACACCCGUCCGACGGUUUGCCAGUAUUGUAAAAAAUUGCUACGUGGAUUGUUCAAGCAGGGUGUCCAGUGCCGUGACUGCCAUUACAAUGCGCACAAAAAAUGUGUAGAACUGGUGCCGAAAGAUUGCACCGGGGAGAACACACAACCGGUGGACCCGCAUGAAGACCGAGGCUCAGGCGGUGAACGGGAUACGAUGCUGUACAAAGAGGAUGCCGGUGACGAAAGUGAUUUCGACGACAAUCUUUGCGCUGGAAGUGGAAUGAAUAAUAACAACAGCAUUAGUCAAAAUCGUAAUGUGAAUCUGAUGAACACUGCCCCUCCCGUGAAGAUCAACGGUUUGAUUUCUCCCAUGCACGAUGACGGUGAAUGUGGUGGAAAUCGGCUGGAAGUUAUAUGCGAACAAUCACGGCAAUCGAGCGAUUCCUCGUCCUCCCCUAGUGCCAACAUUCCUUUGAUGCGAAUCGUGCAAUCCGUGAAGCACACCAAAAGGCGCGAUGGUCGUGCCGUCAAGGAGGGUUGGUUGGUACACUUCACAAACAAGGACAAAUCCGUUAAGCGGCACUACUGGCGUCUAGAUUCGAAGGCAAUAACUUUGUUCGUGUCGGACCAGGGCAGCAAGUACUAUCGCGAGAUACCACUGAACGAAAUACUCACGGUGGAUUCGGCCAGAAAUAUGCAGGGAGAAGUGCUUCAUUGCUUCGAGAUUCGAACGGCCAAUGUUGACUAUUUUGUAGGCCAAGAUCCGUUGUACAAUUUGAAAGAAGGCGAUCCGAUGCUUGCGCUUCCCCCUCCCGAUAGUGGAAUAGGCGCUUAUUUAGCAAAAAGCUGGGAAACGGCUAUCAGACAAGCACUGAUGCCGGUCACCAGUACGCGAUCGGAGUCAACUGGUGGAAGUGAACCGGAAGAAAAGGUAACCGACAUGAGCCAGCUGUAUCAGAUCUUCCCGGACGAGGUACUAGGCUCUGGCCAGUUCGGAAUCGUGUACGGUGGGAUACAUCGGAAAACGCACCGGACAGUGGCCAUCAAAGUUAUCGAUAAACUUCGGUUCCCAACCAAGCAAGAAGCACAGUUGAAAAACGAAGUUGCCAUCCUGCAGAACCUAUCCCAUGCGGGAGUUGUGAAUCUGGAGCGGAUGUUUGAAACGCCUGAGCGAAUAUUCGUUGUGAUGGAAAAGUUGAAGGGUGACAUGCUGGAGAUGAUUCUGUCGCACCAGAAUGGUCGGCUAAACGAAAGGGUCACGAAGUUUCUGAUCACACAGAUCCUUGUAGCAUUGAAGUAUUUGCACAGUAGAAACAUCGUUCAUUGUGAUCUUAAGCCAGAGAAUGUUCUCUUGUCGUCGGACAACGAGUUUCCACAGGUGAAAUUAUGUGAUUUUGGCUUUGCUCGUAUAAUCGGCGAGAAAUCCUUCAGGCGCUCUGUCGUCGGUACGCCCGCAUAUCUGGCACCGGAGGUGUUGCGGAAUAAAGGUUACAAUCGAUCGCUGGACAUGUGGAGCGUUGGGGUGAUUAUUUAUGUCAGCCUAAGUGGUACUUUUCCAUUCAACGAAGACGAAGACAUCAAUGAUCAAAUUCAGAAUGCUGCCUUUAUGUAUCCACCAAAUCCUUGGAAGGAGAUCUCCUCCGAUGCUAUUGAUUUGAUCAACAAUUUGCUGCAGGUGAAGCAGCGAAAGCGCUUUACGGUGGACAAAAGUCUGCUGCACUGUUGGCUGCAAGAUCUGCAAACGUGGAACGAUUUGCGUGCGCUAGAGGUGCAGGUAGGGCUACGCUAUCUAACGCACGAAUCAGAUGACGCUCGCUGGGGCACAUCAGCUUGCGUUGGUGGCAUCCCUUGACCAGCGGAGACCUUGCACACCAAUGCGUCCGCAGCAACAGCGACAAAUCAUAGCUCACUCGCAAUUACUGGCAAUUGCGUCGGUGGGGACAGCAGCAGCAGCAACAACAGCACCGUUAGCAAUCAGGCAUCGCCCAAGCUUAAUGACUUCCGCGGUAAAGCGUUCAAGUGGGUACGGGGACGUCUUUGCCGAUUAAUUAAGGCCUAGAAAAGAAACACCGUCACCAGUGAGUACAUUUUACACCUAAACAUACUUAACAAAGAGUGAGAUUCCUUCAAAGGACGCCACGACGUCCUUCGAACCCGUUGCCUGCAUAGAGAAAAAGGCAGCGUGCCGUAAUAUUUCGUCACAAUUUCAACGUUAUCUAACUGAACUUGGUCUACUGUUAAAAGUAGAUGACUUUAUUUUCUCCCUACAUUAGUCCAACUGGUGGAAAGACAUCAAUUUUCUAAUAAUUGGUAGUUAAGCGUCCGAAUCAUUUAAUUUCAGUAAUUCGAAUAUUCAAUAUACGAGAAUACCAAUAACAUACAAGAACAAACAAAAACAACAAAUUAAAGGAAUUGAGAAGUUUGUAGUAAUUAAACUGAAAGUGUAUGUAAAUUUGCUAAAAGUUCACUGGGUGCAUAGAUAUCGGGUCUAUAUUCUCUUCUAAAUUGGUCAUCGAAAUAUAUACUACAGUUAUCUAUUUUUAUACUUUCAUAAUUGAAACGUAGAUCUGCAGGAAACGAAUCUGACGUUACAUCAGUUCUAAUAUAAAUAAAAAACUACACAACUCUAUUAUUAUAUCGGAGAUUAACAACACCGUACUAAGAUAAUAUUUUAAUUUAUAUAUGGCCAUCCUCCUGAUCCAUACUUAAAAUACCGUAGCGGUCAAAACUGCUCAGAUUGUAUGUCGUUUGAGGUUGUUCUUUUUAAUUUCGCUCUUUUAUGUGGAGUUAUUUAAACCUAUCGGAAACACAUGACGAUCAAAUUUACUCUAAACUGCAAAAUAAACUCAACACUAGGUGCUUUUUUUAUUUUUGGACAAACUACGUUCGACGCGAAAAUAAAUUAUUUGAAUUUCAAAACGAAAAUGUAAUCUUUUCACAACUAAGUCUGUUAAAGUUGUUGAAGGAAAUUUGAUCGACCAACUUUGUGGUGGAAUGUAUUUCCUAUGAUAAUACUCUAACACUGCUUAUAGGUAUACUCAAUUUUACAGAAUCUGAAAGCUCCAGAUAGAAAGAGGUGCCUGUCAAGGUUCCACCAAUUCUCUUCUGUUCAAUGAACUUUAAAAAACUUCCUUAUACUUAGUACUCCGUCUUUACUAUGAUAUAAUCAAAUGAUGGAUUUUUCGUUAUUUUUUAUUACGUACUCACAUUAUUUUUUAUACUUUAUUUAUAAGAAAAAUGCAAUGAAUCUGUAUUAUUGUUACAAAACAAAACAUUCCCUAGAAUCCUAAAAACUUAAAAACUUUUUUAUGGUCUUCCCAGGAAAUAAAAUCUAUGUGUUUUCUUUUGUUAA